UGUGUGGCUGCGCUGCAUUUUGCGUGAAAGUGGCAAACAGUGAGGAUUCCCCAGCGUCAGGCUUUUUCUUUUUUUCCCCCAAAAAAAGGAGAGAAAGGAAAAAAAGGAAAGUGUAGUUCGGGAGUAAAUUUUGACUCACGGUAGAGGUGAAGACAUGGGCUCCGUUUCGAACCAGGAAUUCCCAGGAGUGUGUAAGACCGAGGAGGACGAGGGUCCGAGCACCGAGGAAGACUCUCAGCCUCUCCGAGGCGUCGGCAUGUGCAAGUGGUUCAACGUGCGCAUGGGCUUCGGGUUCCUGUCCAUGACCGACAGAGAGGGCGAGCCACUGGAGGAACCGGUCGAUGUGUUUGUCCACCAGAGCAAACUGCACAUGGAGGGUUUCCGCAGCCUGAAGGAGGGUGAGGCGGUCGAGUUUACCUUCAAGAAAUCGUCAAAGGGCCUGGAGUCUCAGCAGGUCACGGGACCAGGUGGCAGCCACUGUGUGGGCAGCGAGCGAAGACCCAAAGGCAAGAAGCACCAGAAGAGACGUUCAAAGGGAGACCGGUGCUACAACUGCGGAGGCCUGGACCACCACGCCAAAGAGUGCAAGUUACCACCCCAGCCAAAGAAGUGCCAUUUCUGCCAGAGCAUAGAUCACAUGGUUGCCAAUUGCCCAAUCAAAGCACAACAGUCGUCACCAGGCUCUCAGGGAACUCCGGCCUCCCUGAAAGGAGACGAGGAGGAGCACGGCCACACUGCACCGCCUCCCGAGACCUCCAAUUAACAGAGGGAAUCUGGGAAGCGGUGACGCCGGGGAAGCACAGAGGCCAAUCAAACUGCUUUGAUGGAAGGAUGGGCCACAUGAUCCCCUUCUGCCUGUUGAAGCUGCUUUUGGAACUACCUCAGGUUCAUAAACAAAAAAAAAAAAAAAAAAGAUCAUGAAGAAUGUUGCUGAAGUUUAGAAUUAUUACUUUUUGUUUCUACGUGGUGUAACACUCAGGAAUUAUUGCACUCAGGACGCUUUCUAAAUAGAUGAAUCACUGCUGUUUUUUGAGGGCUUUAAGAUUGUAGUGAGUUACGCCAUAUAGUAGAUUAUAAGUUUUUGUAGAACCUGAUUUUUAUUUUUUAUUUUUUUUUGGAUACAGUGCCUCCCAUGUGGGCAUUAUACCUCUUUAUUGCAUAUUAUUCAGUGUGUUUAGUAUGGAGCUACACUUUUGCUGCCUUACCAUUUAGUCUCCUUCCUGACUGUUACACCUCACUAUCCGACAAGGCAGAGACGUGACAGUUGGUACCUCUGUAAUGAAUGUUAGCUUGCAUAUCGCAUGGGAAGUGGGAGGGUUUGUGAAAACACAUGGGAUGGGUUUGAGGGUUAUAGCUAUUGGCAACUGUCAAUAUUGCAAUUGACCAUCCAGUUUUCCUGGGGCCGAAAUGAAUGUCAGACUAGAAGUGGUUUCCAGCUUUUGGUCAGGUUUAUUUCUUUCUUCUUUUUUCUUUUUAAAUGUCAUUUCAUUCUUUUCACCCAGCAUUGUGCUGGCUGUCUAAAGGUGCACUGUCUACCUCAUUGGUGCAAGUUUGGUCUGCGGUGAAAAAGUGUCACUCUAGCCACUGAUGGUGAACCAAAUAUUCUCAGAAAACAGUUUUGGAGAUUGAAAACUGGACUGGGAUUAUAUCAAAUCCUUUUUGCACUACAGUAUUGACACAGGACUGCUGUUAUUUGUGAUUAUACCUCCUUAAAGAGUGAUUUAACCCGACCUGAUUAUUCAGUUGUUGCCGCAUUAGUGGAACUUCUCAGGGUCACCUGGCUCAGUGAUUCAGUUGCUGUGUGAAGCUGGACGGAAUAUCAGAUUGUCUGUUUUUAAAAGUAACAGAAACUUUGAGCCACAGGCCACAGGUGGAGGACAAAUGGGUUUUUGAAAGUUUUUCGACUGAUUGAGUAUACUGCGAUCGCAUCGCACUAGGUCAUGUGCUCCUCAGAGACCAAGAUUUAAGUUAGAUUUAAAAGUUGUUUUCAGACAUGAAUUUCAGAGAAGGUCUGGAGAAUUGGAUUUGAUUCAGAAGCUGACCACAGGAAAUGUCUUCUGUGGACAUUCUCCAGAGAAUAUGGAAACUUCAGUGCAUGUCUGAGGCAGCUUAGAGAUGGUUAAGAUUUAUUUUAAGCAUGGUUGUAUUAGCAGAGAUAUUAACACAUUAAUCAGCACUGACUUUGCUGAGAACAUUUCUAUAAAACAGCCUGAGACUCUCACAAAAUAGAUUUUAACCCAGCAAAUGAAAUCUGUACAUGUUUAAAUCUAUGAUUUCUUAAAUGUGUUGGGCAAUUUAUCUUGCAAUACAAGUUUGUAUACCGCUCACUCCCCACACCAAAAUCCAUAGAGAAAAUCAGUGUAUAUCACUUUAAUGUUUGAAAUUCUUUGCUCAUAUUUACCUCAAUGGCACAAACUUACCAAAUAAGACAGCGGGAGGCCAGAAGCUCCUGUGUCGCCAUGAGCCACAAAUGCUGAUUUCCUCUAUGGGCUUUGGUGCAGUAGAGUAGGUGGUUUAUAAACUACAGUUUCCAGUCAGAAAUAGUCUAAUUGUGAGAUAAAGAGCCAAAGACAUUGAAGACAAAAGCAGGCAUAGAUUUUAUUUCAUGAGCCUUUUGCUCAUGAGUGGUUAAAAUCUGUUUGACCUUCCGACCCCGCUGGCAGCCAUCUUAUCAGUGAGAGCUAGUGUUGAUGAUGUGUCAAUACCUCCUGUAACCUCACUUUAAAGACCUAUCCUAUGAGUCUCAAGCAUCAAAUGGAACAAUUCAGUAUGGUGUUAAAUUACUCUUUAACCUUUCUCUGAGCUUGACCCCUCGUCGUCUUUCUGUCGGUGGUAUAUUCUCAUUUGAUUGGCUGCUGUUUUAUAAUGACCUCAACAUGGAUUUGAUAGAAUUCCAGUCAAACGUGACACUACACCCUAAACACGUACAACAUAACCUUUAAUAAGAUACUUGACCUGGACUGAGAUAGUGAGAGGUCCAGCUAGCUCACCUCUUGAUACUUGAAUAAAAUGAGGCAGAAUCAGACGUGAUGUUUGCCAGUGGGAAGGCUGGUGUUUUUGUUUAUAUCCUGUGCGGUCCAUUUCUAGGUAGUUAUUUAAGACAUUACCUCCCUGUGACCCUUAGUAGGGUCAUAGUUCAGGAACACCAAGCCCGCACGGAGGGGCAUGUAGAACUAGCUAGCUAAUCAGCUUUUUACUCCCAUUUUACAGGAGACGCUGAUGAGACUUUUACACCCAAUUAAUAUAUAAUGUAAAGUUAUUCUAAAGCCUUUUUUUAAAAAAGAAAAACAUACUACUUAUUUAUUUUCAUCCAAGAGUGCUGCAGCUUCUCCUGCUCCCGUCGAAGCCUCUCAGCAACUAACGUUUGAUUAGACGUCAGAAAACUGUCAAACGUCAAUAACAUGACUUGAGAAUAUAUUUGGGUAACACAUUUUUUGAUAUUUGUUUCUUGGUACUUGUAUUACUUUGUACAUGUGCUUGAUUAAUCAUUGUCUUUAAUAAUUCAGAGCAUUAUGAAUACCGUGUAACACAGAUAUUGCAAUACAAGAGUAACAGUAUACUGUACAGGUACAGAGUAUUAUGAGAGCUGAUUUAAACUGUGAGUUUCUUUUAUUCGUUUUUUUGCAUUUUAUGAUUAUUUUUUUUCUGUUUUGUGCACAAUGAGUCUUUCAAAAGAGAGGCACAUUGUCAUUGCUAUCUAUGCCAAAGCCAAUGCAAUGUUACUCUGCACUAAUCACGUGUAAGAUGCAUUCAUUUCUUUUUUUUUUUACAUAUAUAUAUUCAGUUUAAGGUUUUUUGAAUAUAGGUUUCAUAUUUUAUAUUAUAUUUUUUUAGAUUUUCAUAUGCCACAUACAUUCAGUUGCUGGUUGGAAGAAAAAAAAAAGGAAUGUAUCUCCACUCUUAGUCUCAUCUCAGGAAAUGUCGAUCUGAAAACUCAGGGAAUACUUCAGAUUGACUGCAAAGAGUAGAGGAGUGGUUGUUCAGGACAAAGUUGGGUUUUUUUUUUGCUUAUCACCGUGAUGUGAAACACAGGACAAGACCGAGGCAGUGAAAAUGGGUUUGGUAGCGUUUGUUUUUCAAUGUCUUAAAAAAAAAUGAGUAUACGAUGAUAAAACAUUGAGAAUUCAAAGCGUUUUUGACUCAACUUUUCAUGCACACGCUGUAUGAUGAUGUGAUGAUCUUUAUUUUUUUUUCUCCUCUCUGACAUAACAUGCCAUGAUAUGAUGUGAAGAAAAUGUUCCACUAUUGUUGUAUUUUUUCCUCUAUAAUCGUUGUAGAUGGGGCUGUAGUAGAAUAUUGUUAAAGGGAUUGGGGCUAGUAGUAUAUAACCUGGGGUUGUCUCAUCCCAACACAUGGCCGAUACUUGGUGUUUCAGACUAUCAAUGCCUUCGACAAAAAGAAUGUGUCAUUAGCACUCAAAUCGUCUGCUUUGAAGUAGUUUAUAGGGAUUUUCCAAGUUUGAAAGUCGCAUCUGGGAAACACUGUUGUGACAAUUCCACUCAGGAUAUGAAAGGACAGAAAGAUUGUUACUGUGUUAAAAUGCCAUGAUUAGAAUACAUAGUUUAAUUGUCUGCAUUUUUGCUUUACACUUCCUUUUCUUUCCGUUGAAAAGAGGGUCAUUCAGAUCACUUUCCAUGAUCUACCUCAUCUGUCAAACUCUUAACGUGAUUCUUGCACCCACUAUUGAAGCAAAGGUUGAAUGAAAGUGUUGUAAUGUUUGCAAUAAUCUGCUGGACUUCCAUGUUUACAAGCUCUAAUUUGAAAACUGAGUCUAUGACAGAUGUUGUGAUGGCACCAACCCUGUUUGACCCCUCAGUGGUGUGUUGUUGUGAUUUUUUUUUUGGUUGUUAGAUGAGUUAAAUAUAUCUUGAAAAAAAAAAUCUAAGGAUCUGUUUAAAACUGUGCUCUCAGGAAAACAGGUACAUCUUGUUUGUGACCAUCAGCCAUUUGAUUUGUGGUAUUGUGUCCUAUCAGGUAAAUGAUUAGAGCUAUACUUCCAAAAAAAAAAUGUAAAAAGAAAUGUGCAUUUAUUACUGGUGAAUAUUAUCAGCGUUUACUGCCGUGAUCCUACAAGUAUCUCCAUCUCAGGCAAUUUGAUGGCUGUAGUUUGUCAAUGAUGAGCAGCAUGUAGGCUUUUCAAAGUAUUACUGUGAUUAUGUUUCUAUGUGUAAAGAUCUGCUCCAUUUCCUAAUAAAUGUCGAUAUUCA